AUGAGCAACCCAUCUCAGCUUUUCCUUUUGGCCGAUCACAUAAAGCUCUCUCUUCUAGAGCGUCAAAGGGCGAUUUCUCUUGACCUUGAGCCCAAUGCACAAGAUGGAGAGAUAUCCCGCUCGCUAGAGUCGCUGCGAGAGGGCCUGGAAUCAGCCGAGAGGGAGGUCCAGCGGCUGGUCUCCGUUGGCGAUCCAUCAUCAAAUGACCUCAAAGAACAAGCUAGCUCAUUACGAAUCCAGUACGAGGAUCUCUCACGUCAAUUCCAUGGCGACCAUGGGUCUUCCGUAACCGUCCAACCAAACAAUGCCGAGCUGGCCGAAGACUUCAUUCGUGCAAGCAGCACUCCGUCCAUCCUCAAACAUCCCACACCCCAACACCCGGUCUCUAAAUCUGUUCGUUUCACGGACACAUUAACUGCCAGCGCUGAAGAACAUGACCCCAACCGCGAUGCCCUGCUCAGACCAUACUCUGACUCCCCACAGCCUGGCUUCGACCCUUCGGAGGCUACGAACCAGGAAAUCCAUGAUUAUCAUAGCCAGGUCAUGCAGGAGCAGGAUGACCAUCUGGACCGCCUGGGUGAGUCAAUUGGACGUCAGCACCAGCUAAGUAUCCAGAUUGGCGAUGAGCUGGAAGGCCAAGUCGCACUUCUGGAUGACAUGGAUGGUCAUGUUGAAAGACACCAGGGCCGGUUGGAUGGGGCACGAAGAAGCCUCGGGCGAUUUAGAGAAAAGUCAAAGGGGAGCAAGGGCUUGAUGACCAUUAUUGGGUUGAUUAUCGUACUGGUGAUCUUGAUCGUGAUUCUCAAGUGA